CCAGCUGCUUAGAAUAACAAAUAGCUCAUCGACGAGCGCCAGGCCUGAACUAGUUUGUAGUUAGACAAUAAUGUUAAUUUUGCCUUCAGUGCUGAGUAGUGGAAGCCAUGACGCAUGUUAGCUUAAUUAAGCUCCAAACCCAAUUCAUAAUUCGUGGAAAAUUGGGCAGCUUUGUGUGACUAAUCUCAGUACAUCAUGAGUAUGAUUUAGGUGCUACAGAAAGUCGAAAGAUAUAUUGUACCGUUGUAAUUGAUAUUGCUAUCAAACCUUCCAACAAUUUACAAGCUAGUCGUCUUUAGUUGCAAGCUAACUGCGGAUAAGAGAGGGGUGAAUGCAAAAGCAGACGUGUUGAAUCCCUAGUACUUUUGUACACUUUUAAUUUAUCCUGUUCGCCUAGAGAAUGCGUGUAAGGCCCACUGUACACGUAGUCAAUUUAUUUGUCCUCUUAAGUUUAUUUUGGCGCUGAAUCUCGCGUAAACACAUAUUUGGUUUCUGCGUUUUAGUUUUGAAUAUUUAUCGGACCAUGUACAACUGAUUUUAUAACGUGUCCUAUGUUCUUCAUAAACGAUUUUUACCAAGAAAGUAGAGCGAAAAAUUGCGUAUGCAAAUCUUUCGUAAACGAAUAUACGUUAAAAACGUCAAAGGAAGAAAGUUUGCUCCAUAAUUUUUGUGUGCAUAACACGUUUUGAUGAGGCCGCAUUAAAGUACAAUAGCAACAAAGGAAUUGAUUUGACACUAACUUUAUUUGCUUGUGAACGAACGGCUUCCCAAAUUUCCCAGCUAGAGAAUUUUGGCGCUCCUAAAAAUUAAUAUGUGUUCCUUAUGGAGAAUUGAAUGCAUAACCAGAUUAUUGAUCAUUUUAACUCCAAAAAGAGAAAUUAUAAAAACAAUUGGACUCUUCAGGAUGGAAAAACGAACUUAUUCUUACUAUAAUAAUGUGAUAACGUUAAUAUUGUAAUGCAGGAUAAUGAUAUGUAUAAAAAGUAUUCAUAAUGAUUCACUGGUGCCAUCACGCUGCUUCUAAGUUCGCGCUAGCUACAGCAAAUUGUUCGUACAAAUGCAGCCUUAAUUUUUUGACGAAGUGUUGUAUGUAUGCGACUUUUAGUUCGGAUUUGCCGGUUUUAAGCGUAGCUGCAAAGGUUAUAGUUCCCUGCACCGCUGAAUAUAUCUAGCCCAUAAAAAGGCUUGUGGCGAUUAUUUUAUUUCUUUAUUGCUUUCCUGCUGAAAAAUUUCGUUUAAUACUGGGCAACAAAGUAUGCAAUAGAGGCAUAUCAAAACACGCAAUAAGGGCGGCAUAUCAAAACAAAACUCGGGCGGUUAAACAAUGAGAAAUUUUAAAUCAAUGAAAAAUUUUUAUUUAUUCUCAAAUGAACACCCAUGACGAUGGAGGUAGUAGUAAGUUAGUGAGAUUAAACUGUUAAAGGGACAAGUUGAAUUAGGUAAUACGAGUAAAUGAAGGAGUAAGUGCUUUUAUACUGGCGUUUAAUUAAAAUAAUAUACCGCCACUGAUGCACGAGUCUACGCGCACGCCUUAAUGAUGUUUGAACUAUAUUCCACUUCAGAAUAAGUAGCAAUUCGAACAAGAUGGUACUAGCGUCGACCAGCUUCAGGCUGGUCACAGGGUUGUCGUCAGCGUUGUCUCUGCUGAGCUUCGCGAGCGACGGCCGCGUGGCCAGCGUCGUCAAAUGCGGGGCGGCGUGUCGCGCGGACGAGCGAUGUGGAGGCUUCGUCUGGGAUGUGGAUGCCGUUGCUCCCUGCCGCUUCGUUGUGGACCCAGCGGUGGUCGGGAAUGUGUCUACGAACGUGUCGGCCGCGUACGUCAUGACCAACAACUACGCUGGCAACUCUACUCUGCUGGAAAUCCCUACGCCUUACUUGAAUUGGGAGCAAGCGACCCUGAAGUGCCAGAGCCUCAACAUGAGGCUCGUGACGUAUCCGAUGACCAACAGGGACCGUGCCAUUUUGACGAUCAGGAAACUCGGAUGGUUCUACGUGGACCUGAAACGCCAGGCUAACGGCACCUACGCUUCAAGCAACCGCUCCAUGGUCCUGCCCAGCGACUAUGGAUUCCAGUGGUAUCCCAGCAACCCAGACUUCGGAAAUGAAGAAUGCAUGGGAAUGGGAGGCACUCCAUUGUUGACGUUCGACCGUCCCUGUACCGCCACUCAAGACGGACAAUACACACUGUUCUGCAUGGUGUGAAGAGUAACUGCUACAGAGAGUAGACGUUAAAAUUAAUGAUGGAGUCGAGAUAACAGCGUUCACUUCGUUCACUUGGUUAACCCAAGUUUUGCCGUGUCAGGUAAAUUAUCAAUUUGUUGGAGAUUAGUGCAUAUGUUUCCAGGAGUCCCAUGAUAUCUUGACCCCAGCCGGAUAUUUUGAUAAUGAUUACUCCCAAUUGUUGCACAGAAACAACGAAUUUCACUGCAAUCGUUUUUUAUUGUAUUCUGAACUGUUGAGCCACCAUUCGCCGUGAUGGUUCACUGCAGCACAUAUCAGUUCCUUAAUUCCUAUCUUAUCGCAACGAUUCUAUUUUUAUCUCUUGAAUUCAUAUAGUUUAAAAUUCAAUUCCUUAGUUGUGUAUUUUCAGGAUUGCACUUCGAUCAAACUGGAUUUAUUCAUGUACAAUUUUUUGAACAACGAGUCAAAAUUCAACUCAUCUUAUUAUAUUAAA